AAAAAAAUCCUGCAUCAUGAGCUUUGACCCUUUCAUCUCCUCCUCCCUCUCCCGGCGAUGGGGAGAUUCCCCCUCCAGGAGAACCACCUACCGGCUCUCCCGGGGGCCCCUGUCGUCCUCCAGGUGGCCGACGCGUUUGGAGCCGCUGCGGCGCUGGGAGCAGAGCGACCUGAGUCAGACGAGCAUAGUGAACGCAGAGCUGCUGGAGCUGCGGGCACAAGAACGAGAGCAGCUGGUGGGUUUGAACAACCGCUUCGCAUCCUACAUCGAGAAGGUUCGACACCUUGAGCAACAAAACCGGGUGCUGCUCCUACAGCUGGAGGGCCUGAGGCGCAGGCAGAAUCAGCCGUCUCGUGGGCAGCAGCUCUACCUCCAGGAGGUACGGGGCCUCAGGGAGCAGCUGCACCAAGAGACCCAGAAUAAGGCACGCAUGGAGGCGCAGAGGGAGAAAUUGCGGGAGGUGCAUGCACAGCUGCACGAGCGCUGGGAGGAAGAAGCGCGGUGGCGUGGCCAGGCAGAGGCAGAGGUGCAGAGGUUGCGGGAGGAGGCGGGUCAGAUCGCUCUGUGCAGCUGUGAUGCCGAGGCCAGCGGGGUCUCCCUUGCGCAGGAGUUGGCCUUCUUGAAGCAAGUGUUUGCAGAGGAGCAGGAGGGGUUGAGGGUCCAGCUACAGGUUGCCAGCCUCAGCGUGAAGCUGGACACAAGUAGACCGGACCUGUCGGCCGCUCUGAGAGAGAUCCGAGCGCAGUAUGAGAGCCUGGCUGGACGCAACAUGCAGACCGCCGAAGCCUGGUUCCGGGGGAAGGUGGCGAGCGUAGUGGAGCUGACAGAUAAGCAGGAGGAGGCUGUGCGCUUGGUACGUGAGGAGACCGCUGAGUAUCGACGGCUGCUGCAGUCCCGUUCGGCUGAGGUCGAGGCACUGAGGAAUGUCAUCGAUUCUCUGAAUGCACAACUAGGGGAGCUGGAGGAGACGCAGAACACUGAGGUCACCAAGUACCAGGGGAGGAUAAGUGACCUAGAGAGGGACAUUGCGGAUGCGAAAGAGGAAAUGUCACGCUAUUUGCGGGAGUAUCAAGAUCUGCUUAACGUGAAAAUGGCUUUGGAUGUUGAGAUUGCAGCUUACAGGAAACUCCUGGAGGGAGAAGAAAUUCGAUUUACGUAUUCCACCCUACCAGCCCUAGCCUAAACCCCUGAAGCACAAAACACCAUUUAAGACCCCCGUAGCUAAAUCCAUAUCCAUAACCUUUACAUUUACUUCCGAUCCUAGUUCUUUAGUUAAUUAAACCCAAAUUCCACCAUCUAAACAGGAAACAAAACCGCAGCAUAUCAUCGCUUUAAAGUCAGACGAGCCCUUGUGUCACACAAGAGGUACACAUAAUGAGGUCCCCCUUCUUCUUUACACUUGAAAAUGGACAAAUGACCACCUUGGAGACAUCGCUAAGGGCAGCACUCACUCAGCCAGAGCUCAGUGUCAUGUUGGCAGAUUCUAAUGGAGGACCUCAGAUACUAUAUUGUUCUGCAAAUAAUAGUUUUCACUAAAUUGUCAUGUUUCAUUCCCAGCACCCAUUGAAAAUCAGAUUAGCCAAUGAUCCCUUAUAUGCAAACUUUUAACCAAUUGUUUGUUGAGGUGAAUCGUUGUUCAGUCUCAGCUCACUUUGGGUGCUAGAAAUGGACUAAAGCCAAUGUGUUAAUUGGACAUUAGACCAAGAAUCAGUCUUCAGGAGAUUGUCCUGAUUACAUGGAUCUUUAGAUUACAUGUAGUUAGUGCAACAGUUCAGUUUCAGCUAUGUUAGUUAAGUUAGAAUGUGUUCAUUUAAGUUAAUGUUGCCGUGAUAUUUCAUUUGCUAUAUGUCUGUGUUCCGCUUCUCAUAUGUUUGUUUGGUUGAGAAUAUCUGAUUCCUUUGCUUUAGCAUUUACAGUGUUUGACUUGAUAAAAGCAUGACUGAAAAUCAAGAGUAGAAAUAAAAGCUCUAGAGCUGGAGUGUUUAGUCUCAUGGUUAAAAUACAACUAUCAUGCUUUCAUCUGCUUUUGUUGUGUCAUCUAAGUUACAAUGUAUGUCAAUUAUCAGUGAUUUGGAAAUGAACAAGAAACCGAGUCUGUUUGUCACGACAGUCUCUGAACUGAAUGGUGCUGUAUGUUUGCACCUAAACUACAUGCUGAAUAAAGCAACAGUACCUCUUCUGGA